UUCUACUUAUUUCAACUCGGAUUACCUGAAGAAGAUUCUGAAGAGUUUAAAAAGAUGUCGCAGGUGCUCCAAAAAGAGGUGCAAAAAUUCUAUUUGACCGGCGAAGUAAGCAUUGAAUCCUGGCUAAACCAAUUUAAAACUGAUGGUGACGAAGCUGUUUUGUCUUCAUGGGUACAGGAAAAUAAGGCCAUUGGGAGUAUUCCGUGGUUAGCAAAAAAUGAAAGCAUUACGAAGACGUUUACGUUUGUAUAUUAUUCAUUGAAUCUUGUGCUGGACGCCAUGUCAAACGUAUCGUUGAAAAUUUUACUUGAAAAAAUGGGAAACAAAUUACAGUAA